AGCCCAAAAACUUGAUCUUCAGAAAGACCUCACUUCACUCUUCAAACUUAUAUAUAUCAUUAUUGUAGGCAAUGAAAGAAAUUAUCUUAAAACUCUUGAAAGGGCCUUUAGCUUCUAGCCAAGGUAGAUGAUGGGGUUCUCCUGGAAACUGUUUUAUGUAUUUGGGAUCUUGUUGUGGGGAUUUUCACAACGAUGGAGAACUGUGGAAAGCAAUGGUGGUUCAUUUUCAUGUGGGUUUCCAGCAAUAUACAACUUUGGGGACUCAAAUUCCGACACUGGUGGAAUAUCUGCAGCAAUGUCGGAGAUCCUAUCACCAAAUGGAGAAACCUUUUUUGGACAUCCUGCUGGUAGGGCCUGUGAUGGUCGCCUCAUCAUAGACUUCAUAGCUGAGAAUCUGAAGUUACCAUAUCUUAGUGCAUACUUGGACUCAGUUGGAACAAAUUUCAGGCAUGGUGCUAAUUUUGCAACAGGUGGUUCAUCUAUCAGACCACCUGGUUAUAGUCCAUUCAAUCUUUGGGUUCAGAUUUCACAGUUCAUUCAAUUUAAAGCUCGCACCACUUCUCUCUACAAUCAACUUACCCUCAAUAGAAGAAAUCCUUUAACCAUUAGCAAUCUACCAAGGCCUGCAGAGUUCUCACAGGCUUUAUACACAAUUGAUAUUGGACAAAAUGAUCUUGCUCAUGGUUUCCAAUACACGACAGUAAAACAGGUUCUAGCAUCAAUCCCCGACAUCAUAGGCCAAUUGCCCCAAGCUAUUCAUACACUGUACAAUGAAGGGGCAAGGUUCUUUUGGGUUCAUAAUACAGGUCCCAUUGGUUGCUUGCCGGUCUCGGUUUUAUAUGAAAUAUCAAAGCCUUGGAAUUUAGAUAAGAAUGGAUGUGUGAGGCUUCAAAAUGAAGUGGCUGUGGAGUUUAACAGGCAGCUUAAGGACAUGAUUUCCCAGUUAAGGGCUCAACUCCCUUUUGCUAGAUUCACAUAUGUUGAUGUCUAUUCAGCCAAAUACACUCUCGUUAGCGACGCGAAGAAUCUAGGUUUUGUUGAAGCAGUGAACUUUUGUUGUGGGAAUUGUAUGAAAAAGGGGAUGGCUAAUGGAACAGUUUAUGGGAAUCCAUGCAAUCAUCCAUCAAAGCACAUUAGCUGGGAUGGCAUACAUUACAGUCAGGCAGCCAAUACGUGGGUUGCAGAGCGAAUCCUCAAUGGCUCCUUCUCUGAUCCACCUCUUUCUAUUCAAAGUGCUUGCCAUCAUCAAACAACCAUUUUAUGAUGAAACAGUAGCAAUCAUGGCAUGUUCUUUAUUGUCCUAGACGCAACAUAUAUUGAAUAAUGUUGUUUAACGCUUAAGCAUUAGUAGAGUUAAGUAAUUAUGGUACUUUAUGUUAUUUAAAACUUGCUUAAGCCUUGAUGCUGAUAAAUAAUACUAGUUGAAGUUUUUCAUUCAACUCUGGCCUUUUCUGGACCACUUCAAUUCAACCCUUUUGAGCCUUUUUCUGUCAACUCAGGGUUACCCUUACACCAUCAUUGGUGAUGUAGGUCUUUGCAUUUACAACUCAAAUGGGGUUUAAUAAGCAAUUUUGAGACCUAUUUCCACUGUUCUUUUUCUUUUUUUUUUGUUUUAACUGAAAAAAGGGCUUGUCAAAGAGCUUUAGGUUGCGUUCUUCAUUGCUUAAGAGACGGACUUUUACUUGGAAAAGUGCUUUUCUUUGAAAAGCAAUGAAGAACAGCCUUCAUUUGGAAGCAAAUUCUCAGAAGCUGAGAAGUGCUUUUGGGCAGAUGGAGAAGUAAAAUUUUUUAGCUUUUCAGCCAAAAAGUGCUUUUGGCUGGUUCAUUUACUUUUUUAGUCACACACGAACGCCCUUCUUUGCUCUCUACUCUUUGCCCUCUGCUGGUUCUUUGCCCUCAUCUCUGCCCUCUGUCGGUUCUUUGUUCUACCCUCUGCCGGUUCUUUGUUCCUCUGUCCUCUGCCGGUGAGUUUAUCUUUUUCUUCUCUUCUUCUCUUAUUCUGUAUAUUUUUGUUUGUCUGGGAUUGAUUUUCGUAAUUGAUUGAAGAUUGGAUAGGAGAUAAACCAUUAAACCAUUAAACCCAAGUUCAAGAUUUUCCAGGAUUUAGGAUUUUCAACCCAUGAUGUUGCUGAUAUUGUAGCUAGUGAUCCCUGGAUUUUGACUAGAAGCGUGGAUGAUAGGAUUGCACCUUCUAUUUCCGAUUUAAAGACUGUUUUAGGAUCAAAUGAUGAUGUUGUUAAGUUAUUAAGAACUUCUGCUUGGUUUCUCAAAUCUGAUUUGCAAAAGACUAUGAUGCCUAAUGUAAUAGGCUCAAUUUGCCCGGCCCAAAUAAGAAAUAAAUAAACAAAAAAUAUAAAAAAUAAUAAUAAACCAAAACCAAAAUUAAAAGUCCAAAAACCAAUAACAUAGUCCAGUUCUUUACAUCAGCAGGCCCAAAUGCAUAUGCCUAGAAGACUAAACCUGAAUGGCCAAAUUACACCUAGCCCGAAUGCCCAAACAACCCGAAAAAGCUAAUACCCUAACCCGAUUUACACGGCCCGAUUCAAGUUGAAACAUUAGCCUUCAACAGCUUUCAGCUUCAGCCACCGCUUUCCCUCGGCCUCACGUGCCCCACGAGCCACGCCUCUGCACACCACGUCCGCACCUCCGUACAGCCUUCACACACCGCCACGCGCUGCGCGUACGUCGUACCUGCAAGAACGACAAGCAAACAAAAAGAGCAGAAAUCGACAGCAAAUGAACAGGGACAGAUUUCUUUUAAUUUUUUUAUUUUAUUUUAUUUUAUUUUUUCAUUUUCGGCUAUAAAGGCUGAUUUAAGAAUCUGUAAACAUGGAGACUGUAUCAAAAAAACAAAAAAGAUCAAUACAAAAAUUAAAAAGAAGGUUUUCUUCUUUCUCUUUACCAUUCUUUUUCCAGUUGCUUUUCUUUCCUUCUCUGCUUUGCUCUUAAUCGCAUGUAAUAGAAUAUAUAUAAAAUAAAAGAAAAGAGGAAGAAAAACGUACCUUGUGGCCGGACCUCCGCUCUCUCCGUAUCCAUCAGAGUUUGGGCGAGGUUCGAGGGCCCUUGAGGACGACGAUUCGUCGAACAACAAAAAAGGAGAGUUUAGGAAGUAAGGAAAAUACCUCAUAGCCGGAUCUUGUUUCUCUCCGUCGCAAUCGGAGUUUGAGCAAGGAUUUGGAGUUCCUUUUCGAACAACUGCUCCACAGAACGGCGCCGAAAACAACAAGCAAAUCUUUUAGGUUUUAUUUUGAAUGAAAUAAACUGCUGAUCGCUCUAGGGUUUGGCUUAUAACUAAUGGAAGAAACGACGUCAUUCAGAGCCUGUGCAGUGGCCAUGAUACGAUGCCAUUUAGAAGCUCAGACCCGUGUGGUGACCCGACCCGAAGGAAGGAUCUGCGCGUUUUGGGUCUGAUGGGAUUAUUGCACAACAAGCCCCUCCGCAUUUGUUUUCAUUUUAAUUUGGUUUUUAUUGUUUUUUUAAAUCUCUACCUCAUAUUUUGUUCCAAUUUUAAUUAGAUCCAUGACUAAACGGCACCGUUUCGAUGAUUAGGUUUGAGUGCCUGGAUUUAUGCGCUUAAUUGUUAUUUCAGUCCCUCAAUGUUGAAUCAAUUAUCAAUUUGGCUCGAA